AAUAUUAUGUUAUCAUAAUUGAGUUCGCGGCAAAGAUAACGUAAGAUUACUUUCUAUACCGUGGUUACAUACCUAUUAAGCCGUUAUUUUUCCAACCGAAUUUGUUUACAGUUUAUAUUAUACUUAUCUAUGCUGCAGUUGUAUACGUCUUGUACAACAACUACUGCGGCUGUAAGUUGUAUAGAUUAUAGAAUAAAUUAUCAGUCUGUCACUCGCCACUCAGAAGGAGUAAAAGGACGGUUUGUGAAGAUCAAAAUUCAAAAUCGAUGUCCAUGAUAAACUGAAUAGACGCACGUAUAGUGACUACUAUUUAACCUUUUAACCGAGUCAGACUUCACUGGAGCGAUCACGUAUUCACAUCAUUGCAUUAGAACGACGAUAUCUUUUUGUUAAAAUAGUUUUAACUGUAAAAUCAUCGAAAAUGUCCAACGUUUGUAUUCUGUGUGAGAAACCAGUUCUCAAGUAUUCAGUCUCCAAGAUGUCUGUACACACAUUUCCAUCGUGUCCGAAAAAACGGCAGAUCUGGCUCGACCUGUGUAAAUUAGCCAAUGAAGAAGUCUUACCAAACCGUAAAAUAUGUUCAUUUCACUUUGAGCCAACAUGCUUCAAAACUGGUUUAAAAAGGCGUUUACUUUAUCGUGAUGCUGUACCAACAAUUUUUGGAAAUGGCCAUGUAAAAUCAACAAAUUUGCCAUUAAAAAUUGCAAAAGGAAGACCAAAAAAUUGCACAAAAAAUGGGAUUGUUGUGCAGAAUAGUAAGUCACGUAUUUCAUUAGCAAAAGCUGCUAGAAAAGUGGUUGCCGUUCAAAAUCGUGAAUCACGUGAUGUUACACCAAGAGUAGUUACAAAUGCAGAUAUUGAUCGUAUAAAUAGUAUUGUGGAAAGUCAAAUAGACGAACUGAAUGAGCUCGGAGGCUUUCUUAUAGAACUAAAAAAGGAAAGAUUAUCACUUGCGUCACUAUUGGAACUUCUUGUAAGAAAACAAAUCACAUUGGGUAACUCGAUAAAAAUAUGAAAUUAACUAUAUGUUGAAGCACUUUAAAUAAUCUAUAUAUUUUAUAAAUUAACAAACUGUAAAAAAAUUUUCCUUUAUUUAAAUUAAUUUAAUCUUAUUUUUAAUUUUUUUUAUCAAUAUUGUACAAUCCAAGAUGUUUUUUAUGUGUUUAAAUUUAACAUAAGAUCAUUUAGUCUUUUAUAUUUGGCAUCCAUAUGUUUUGUAUAAAGGCUCUUUUGGGGGGAAGCAUAAGUGAACAAAUGCUUUGGGACAGGAAAAUAAUUAGGUAAAAUUAGUUUUAAAAAAAAAAUAUUAUAAAAAUAUUAUAAAGUUAAUUAAGUUUUAAAACUACAUUUUUCAUUAUAUUUUACCAGGAAUGUGUAAAUGCGGUACUGUUUAUUUUGUAAUUUAUUAAAUAAUUGCAUUUAUUUA